AUUUUUAAUAUAUUACUAAUCUUAAUAACUAAAUAAUUAAUGAUUAAAUUGUAGUUGACUAAAUACGCAAAUAUUAGUAUCGCACGCUCACCUUAAAAAAUUCACUAACAAAAUUUAGUAUCGCCCAUUAACACAAACUACAAUCACCACCACUAUCACAACAGCUAUGUUCGAAGCAGUAUACAUAGCUGAUCUCAAUGACUCACUAGUGUAUGAGUACCGCAUCAAUCUAGCGAGCCCUCACUUCAAAUCAUUGAUCAGUAUCAUCCGCUUGAAGAAGCAAGACGGAGACGGAGACGGGACAGGAGCCAGUGAGGACGAGUCGUUGAUUGAAAUCAAUGAGGACUACUUUGUCGCAUAUGAACGAACCUCAAGUCUAAUAAUAUAUGUACUCUGUUCAGAGUCAUCGUCUGUACCCAACAGUGUGUCCAAUCCCGUCAUUCCGUAUGUGUUUAUUAAACGAUUGAUAGAAGUUAUGGCCGAUUACUUUGGUACUCCAUUGGCUGUCACCAAGAUCGAUGCUAAUAAUGAUACUUUGACACUCCUAAUUAAUGAAAUGAUUGACAAUGGUAUGCCCAAUGUAACAGACUUCAAUAAGCUUCGAGAUCUCAUCCCAUUCAAGAGUUUCCUCUCCAAGAUACUUGGAAAGGGUAAUGAUUUAGCUGCUGCUACUAAUAAAACACUUAUAUCCUUAAAAGGUACCCCACCUCCAUCACCUUACGAACCUGCUGCAGUAGUCAAUGAUACAUCAUUGAAUUCAAUACCGUGGAGACGAUCUAAUGUUAAGUACACAAAUAAUGAGAUGUACGUUGAUGUUGUAGAAACCAUUAAUGUCAUAUUGAAACCAGUCACCAAAACAAGUGCUAACAAUGCCCAAUCACUUCUUGCCAGUAAUCCAGCCACUCAUUUUGAUUCUGCUUACUAUUCAUCAUCAUCUCUAAAGACAUCCAGUGCUAUAUUAGUGCCCAUUGUUGGAAAUAUUGAAGGUGAAAUCAAAUUUGUAUCCCAUCUAACAGGAGUUCCUCUCCUUCAAAUGAUACUUUCAAUAUCAGGUUUAGGUAUUAAACUUCCUAGUUUCCACCCAUGUAUCAAAUUGGAUAGCUGGGUGGGUAACCCAGGUACAUUAUCAUUCAUUCCUCCCGAUGGAAAAUCCACUCUUAUGCAAUAUCAAAUUGAUCUUGAUACAUUUCCUGAUCGUAAGUCCAAAUUGGGACUUUUGGGAAUUGUAACAGUGGAUUUCCAAUCGGGCUUAGGAGUCAAUCAAAAUGAAUUUGAAAUUAAACUCUUGGUUAAAGAUAUUAAAUCAGUAUCCAAGAUUGAGAAUCUUGUAAUUGAAGUGGUAUGCGCCAGUGCUGAUACUGAGAAGAGAAAUAAAAAUGGAGAUGGUCAAAUUGAUGAAGACGAUGACGAUAAUAGAGCCAAAGAGAAUGCUGUAGUGAAUAUUAAAGCUAGUAGAGUAACGCAUGGAGAUUUUUCAUACAAGGGCAAUGGUCGAGGUGAAUGGAACUUACGUUCACUCUCUCCAGGACUCAAUCCAUUCAUUCAUGGUUCAAUAGUUGCAGGAUCUAUAGAUAGUAUUGGUAGUUCUGAUGAUGGUAAUACUGGAAGUGACUCACCACUGGACUUAAUAGAAGUAUCCAGUACCACUUCUAAUACCAAACCUAUAAAACCCUUAUACUUGAAGAUGUCCUAUACGCACAAGGGAGCACUUCCUAGUGGAUUAAAAGUUGAUAGUUUAAAAAUCGUUAGUGCUAAAGGAUUAGGUGAAACUGUCAAGCCUUACAAGGGAGUCAAGUAUAUAACCAAGACUGGAGACUUCAUAAUACGUUCGUAAAAGAUAAAGAUAAAGAUAAAGAUAAAG